UUAAUUUAAAAAUACACUGGUAUGAAUAUGGUGUAGCCUACUUUUUUGAAAAAUCAAAAGCAGUUUAACAAUGUACAAUAUACCAUCUUUAAAAUCCUUCCUUUCCCUUACUGCAAACAGUACCACGUUUAUCUCAAAAGGCUAAAAUAUUUCUUUGCAGCUGCAGCCCCAAAACAGAUUUAACUAUAAUCUAACUGUAGUUAGACAAAAUAUUUUAUAUUAACCCUUCAUGAACAAACUGUUACAGUAUAAAACUCCAGUAAUAUACAUUUUAAGUCAUUGUGGGAUCUAGGAGGGUUAGUACUGCAUACUAGAAAAAGCACCGUCAACACCAGUCACACAUACCGCGGUGUAAAAAUCUAUUUAACCAUGUUUUACUGCUGAGACCCCUGAGAUCUCAAGCAGAAGUAGGCUAUUGUGUCCAUGUAGAGGGUGGGAAAGGUUUCUAUGCAUCUCUAUUAAAAUUAGGAAAAGUCAUUAAGUAUCAAGCUGAUAAAACAAUGUUAAAUAUGUGUUUCGAGUGGUUAGAGUACAUGGGGGCUCCAGGAACCCAACAGAACCCGACGCUUGUAUGUAGAUGGGAUUUAAAUGCGUUAGCUGUUGCCUGGAUACGGUGCCUAACAUUGGCAAACGGCAACGAGGAAGGAGCAGAGCUAAACCUGCAGAAAGUUUUGUUGACAGAAAUGCCGAAAUAUCCAGAGGAGCAGAGAAACGUGAGUGUACCGCCUCCUGGCCACUGGGUGUGGAAUGAUGAAACUCAAACUGUGGAGUUUGUCAGUUGUAGUCCAGCAGAUGAGAGUGUUUUGAGGAAAAAGAGGCAAACCAAUGAAAAUUUCAGCGAUCUUCAGCAGCGAUCAGAGUGGUUGGCUGAGAUCUACACGUUAAACCAUAGAGGGCGCCAAAGCCUUAGAAAGAGCCUGAGCCCCGCUCAUCUGAACGCUUACAGGUCCUCAGUUAUGAAGAGGGGAGGGGACCGCAUUACCAUUGAUGAUGUUAAACAGGUGGCUGUCAGUUUGCUACAGGAGAAUUAUUCACUUCCCAUUCCAUUUUGCUUCUUGGCGUUAUUGAAGAGUAAAGAGCUUGAUGAAGUCCUCACUGCCCUUCUCCUGUACCUGUCUUGUUUCUUUGAAUACAAGUCUCUGGACAAUAAACCUACACCUUUAAUGGCUGUAGACAUCAUCACAGGGCACCAGAUGAUGGCGGAGGCUUUGGCCAAAAAGCAGAUAGCUCAAAAGAAGCUGGCUAUCUGCUACUUCAGCCUAAUCAUGGACCUGGAGAAAGAACAGCAUCAACACACAUCAUAUCACAAGGGCCGGCUGUCGUCAAACAGAACAGAAUGGCUGCUACAUGCGUGCUUGUACAGCUUCUUCUGCUAUGCGGCCUGGGUGACGUUUGGCAGGAAGGACCUGAGGGACAUCCAAGAGGAACUGGGGCGUCUUUUUUACUCUGACACCAUUAACACGGCAGUGAGGGACAGGACUGAUGGAGACUCAGAAAUGACCUUCGCUACUGUUAAUGGUUCAGUGAAGACGGGAGAAGCUGACCCCAAGGAGACGGGAUAUAACGGCACAUUCAAGCACAGAACGUCCCAAAGGUGUCCUGCCCUCAGCAGUGUAGUUAAUCAGCGAUCCCCACUGAUGGUGUGUCUGCUGCCCUCACCCAAAGAACGGUCACCCCAUCUGUUCCUCGGCAGCCGGGCCAGGAUGCAGGGCCCGCUGCAGACGGAGCACUGUGACACCAAGGCCCUGACGGAGGAACUCAACCAGCAGCUGGCCAGUGUCAGGUUUGGGAUUCUUGGCAAGCCAUUGAGACAGUUCAGCCGCAGUACCCUGAUACCCUAUGGAGAACCGAAAAACAACAAUGCUAAGGAUGACUACUACGAACCAGGGAGUGAUGUUAAUAACAACAGUGAGGAUCAUCCUGGCAUCCAUGUUCCAGGUAGCCGUUCGUCCUUAAUGGGUCCCAAGUCGACAGGCUUUGCAAGAGAUGGCAGCACCAAAAACACUAGACCAGGGAUCGGCAAAUAAAUCUAACAUCGGCCCACAUUUCUUUCAAACCGUUACAUGGUUGGCAGGAACAUUAUUUCAGUCAAAUUAUUUCAAACCCUUUAGUAGGCUACUUAUGUGAACAAUUAGCUCAGUGGGUAGAGUGCAGGACUUCCGAUGGAGGAGAUGUAUGAUCGAUCUCAGGGCUGGACCGGUAAUCUGGCAUACUGGGCACUUUGGGGCCGGUGUAACGUAAAUCAUUUAUUUAUAUUAGUGUUUUUUUAAAAACGGGCCAACGAUCGGCCCAUAAAGCAUGGACAGUGACCCAUUGGGUAAUUUUCUAUCCUGACAUUGGACUGGCCCAAUCACAUCUCUUACUAGCCCCACCCCCUCUGCUCUCUGUUUCUCGCGUUGCGGGCCAAAAUAUUUUUCAGACGGCUGGCGCCAAAUGCGCGAAAGCAAACCGAAAAUAACCGAUAUGUUUGCUGCUGGGGCUGCAGUACCCUGCGUAGCGCAAGCAAUCACCUGAAGGAGUAAAAGAGCUGUGGUGGCCACUGCCAGGCCGAGGGGGAGGCGUGUGUUAGCGAAACAGAGGGACAAAGUGAUAGGGCGGAGGGAGAGAGAGAGCAAGAGGAGAGUGGCGGUGAAGCGGUAAGCAUGGAGUAGGUCAACCUAUCGGGAGGGAGCUGGGAGGGAGGGUCAUUUACACUGGGGACGCUGGGGACAUAUAGCCACCACGUUUUAAAAGCAUUUGUUAAAAACGUUCUGAAAAAUGGCUUGCACCAAGAAAUGUUGAUUAACAAAUAAAAAUGCUAUGAGAAAGGUUUAUUUGCACAAUAAGAAAACCUGCAAUGCAAUAGAAGAAACCUCUGUGUGGUCCAAAAAAAGUAAAUUAAGCAAACAAUAAUAAGCUAUUGAUUACUGCAUUAUAUUUUAUUAUAUUUUUAUAUUGUGAAUUGUCACCUGCCACCUGAAUUUUGUACUUCCCUAUAUAAAAACUUUUCCACCAUUAAUUGGUGCAGAAAAUGUCUCCAGAAUGCAGAAGUGUUUAAUGCUGAAAAUCUUUUCCGACCCACCUAUCUAGACCCCCCUAUCAAAUAUUUAAUUUAUAAAUAUUUUUCAAAAUAGUAGGCCUAUUAAAUAUAUAUUCCCGUCUUGUAGUCAUGGAGAACAAUCUUGUGCAAAUGUUACAUCUCAGUGUUUCAUCACACCCCUAAUCUGAACCCCUAAAUGGAUCGAUGAUGUAUUUUUGAGAGGUGACCGAUUUUGGGGGACCGCCUCCGCCAAAAAUGCCAGGGCCUAUUUUUUUGCCCCAGCCCUGAUCGAUCCCAAAAUCCGGCGGACUGUUUUUCCUCCCUUGUUAAACAAAUUGAUUAGCCUAUAAGGACACUUUUUCACAUGCUCACAAUAAAGCAUGUGCUGCAGUGCACGUGUAUCCUGGCGUUUGAUUCGCAUUCAUAAACCUAUGGACACCAAUCUUUAUUUCCCUGAAGAAAUUCAGGGGAAUCCAAUCACACCUUUACUGGCGGCUUUUACAGAGGUGUGUCAAGUAAGCCAGAGACUCUUUCGAAUGUCCUUCAGAACUUUUCAAAGUAAAAGCUCUCAAUAAACUCAACAUGAAGCAUUGCUGCAAAAAACAUUCUCGUGAUUUUAUUUUGGAGGCACAAUAUCGUAAGAGGAAGUGACAAUGUGAGUAACUGUUGCUGUCAUGACUGAGAUCUAUUUCAGCAUCAGCCACCAGGGGCGUUUCCAGGCUCUUGAAACAUUGGGGGCUUAGCCCAGCCCAGAAAUCUUUCAUGUUUUCACCUAUUUUAAGCCCAACCCCCCCUCCCCCCCAGCCAAAGUACAACAGUAAUGACAUCUACACAGUAACUCUAUCAACUGUCUCAUUUUCUGUCGCUACCUUGUUGUGCCAUUUGUUAAACAGAACUUUGUACCUACUUUACCUAUAAAUCAUUGAGCUACAUCUUAAUUAUAAAAUAUUAUUGGGCGAUAGGCGGGGUACACCCUGGCCAGUGAUAUAAAUACAUUUAUUAUGAUUUUUAUAAUUACUACUGAUAUAAUUAACACUGCUAAUAUUAAUUAGUGGGGCCAGGGGUUCCUCCCCCUGAAAAAAAAAUCUGUUUUUCAUUAAU